AUGGAGCAGAACUUAGAAGUGUUUCAGGAAAAAGCUGUUGCUAAAACUUCUCCAUGUGAAACUGAACUUCAGGAGUUAGUGCAUCAAAUUGACAUCAUGGUAAACAGCAAGAAACUGGAAUGGGAAAGGAAGAUGAAAGCUUUAGAAGCAAAGAUGGAUAUCCAGGAUCAAGAAUUAGCAAGUGCCCAAAACAAACUGGAUCAAAAAGGUCAAGAGGUAGGUUUACUUCAGCAGAAACUGGAAAACUUACAGAAAACUAAAUAUGAAAUGGCUCAGAAUUAUGAAACUCAGCUUCAAGCACUGAAAUCUCAGUUUUCGAAGUUGACACAUAAUUAUGAAAAGCUACAGUUACAUCAAUUAAAACAAAAAAAGGUUCAAAGUAGAGAAAAAUGGGAGAAAAGCCUAGAGAUACCAUCUGAACUGAGCAGUUUAUACAAGAAAAUGGAGGAAUUUAAGGCAAAAUCAAGAGAAUGGGAUAAGAAGGGGACAAUCUGCCAAAAUUAUCUCAUCUAUUUAGAUGUACAACAAAAAUUAUUGGCUGAGAAAUGUAAUUUAUUUCAGAAGCAGACCCAGAAUUAUCAAUUCCAAAUAAACAGUAAGAAACCAAACCAAGAAGAGAUAAUUACCUAUGGCCAGCCCGAAAGUGAAAAGGAUGAGUUGAUUAUUGAAAAGCUAAAGGCAACUGUGAAUGAAAUAGCAAUAAACAAGAAUAAACUAGAAGAGGAAAAUCUGAAACUCCGGGAGGAUCUAAAAAUGUACCAAAACCAGUGCCAGAACAUGGAGGCAGACUUUUCAGAAAUGAGAAAUGAGCUGCAGUCACGGGAUGCUCUCUGGGGAAGGAUACAGUUGGAAUGCCAACAGUUGCAUACAGAAUUAUUGAAAACCAGACGGUAUAAAGAUAUGCAGGGAAUUCAAAUAAAGCAUCAGUCAUCUCAUGUACAACUUACUGAGCAACUAGAAAAUAAAAACUCUGAGUUAUUACUGUUGGCACAAAGUCAAGAACACCAACGAGAAGAGCUAAACAAGAUAAGAAACCAUGUUUAUCGAGAGGAGCGUUCCCAUUGCUCUGAGCAGGAAAGAAUGAAGACAGAAAUCUCUGACCUGACAGAAGAGCUUCAUCAGAAGGAGAUCACUAUAGCAACUAUCAUGGAGAAAGCUAGUCUUCUGGAAAGACAGUUAAAAAUGGAGUUAGAGAUAAAAGACAAAUUGUUAGCAAAACAACAG